CUUCGGUCCGAGUCAAUCGGAUAGUUCAGGGAGUGAAGUUCUGGAGGCACAAUGGGCCGGUGUUUCUCCGGGGCCAUGCCAAGCCAGAGUGGCCCCUUGCACUCCGGACUAGCGCAGCCGAGCACGACCAAAGAAAAUCAAGAACUCAACUUCACGAUCCAAGCUCACGGGGCAACACACCCAGCAGGUGGAAGUGGAAGGCGGGCGCAUCCAUGACUGAUUGACAUCAUGGAGUUCCGCCAGGUCGUUCAGUCGGUCUGCCGCUCCGCCGCGGCAGCAGGAGCGCGGCCGCCAGUCGCUCGCAUUCGGCCCACGCCGUCCGCCAUUCUCAUGCACCAUCAUCAGCACAGCCACGCCUUCACCACGAACAGCAAACAGCAGUCAGACGCCGCCGCGGCCGCAGCCGCCCAGCCGGAGGUGCAGCCCCAACAACCCUCGCCCGCCCCCCAAUCUCCGGCACCUCAAUCGCCGCUGCACCGCGUCGCCCAAUUGCGCGCCGCCUACGCCCAGAACCCGUCUUCCAUCCCUCCGCGGCCACCGGCGGCCCCGCGAGGCAACUUCUUCAUCGAUUCGUCCGUAAAGAAGUCCCCCCCGAGCUGGACGACGCCCGGCAGCAGGCCAGGCUCGCAGCCGCAGCAGACCGGCAACGCAGCGGCCCCCGCGGCCACCACUACCAGAACGGGCAGCAGCUUCCUGACCGGCACGGCGCCGGCGACCAUGGGAGAGGACGACAACAUCCUGUCGCUGCCGGGGCAGAUCGAGGCGGACAUGGACGCGGCGGUGGGCGGGGCCGGCGGGGCCGGGCUGGACCCGUGGGACGAGGCGGCGUUCAUGACGCAGUACUUCGGGCCGGCGACGACGGAGCUGCGGCUGCGGCCGUCGACGGGCCGCACGAUCCACAUCAAGGGCGCCGUCGACGUCGCGCGCGGCUUCAGCCUGCUGCAGCGCGCCGUCGGCCACAACCGCGUCCGCCGCGACCUCAACGCCCAGCGCUUCCACGAGCGGCCCGCGCUCAAGCGCAAGCGCCUGCUCCGCGAGCGCUGGCGCGAGCGCUUCAAGACCGGCUUCCGCGCCGUCGUCUCGCGCGCCAUGGAGUUGAAGGCGCAGGGGUGGUAAGGAGGAAAAAUGGCCGGCGGUUGCUUGGUUGGUUGGUUAGGCGGGUACACGUGUAUAGGGACCGUCCAUGCGCGGUAGAAUGGUUAGCACCAUAGACCGGGGUCAUCGUGGCGGUGAAGCUGGGAGGGCGGCGGAGUGCUCAAGAGAACAUGUGUGAAUACUACGGUGUCGUGAUCUGUUUCGCAU